CUUCGAACUUCCAAGAGCUGGGAUCACGUCCUCUCGGUUCACCCUCAGCACAGAACCUCGAUAGGCGGUCCCAAUUGGUCUCGAAGUAAACCUUUUGUCACCAUGCCGCUAUCAAGGGCUAUCGGCCCACGGCCUGCCGGCACACUGCGGCUUUCCCAACGAUACACAUCGCCCCUCGUCCGGCGAUUACAACCCGCUCGAAGCCGACAGCAAACACCAUCAACGAUCAUCGCAUUCCCCAUCAACUACCAAAGCCGCCUGAAAUCUACAUCACCGUUCAACCAAGACUCCGAAAACUCGUCUAAGCAGCCAGGACAAACACCCAAGCCAUCACCCUCUCUCAGAGGCAUGCUGUGGCAGGCCAUCAAGACUGACUCGAGCCGCGCUUGGCACGUCAUCCGGAACACCAGUUUCAGGGAGGUGAUGCGGCGAAGCCCGCUCGAGGCAAUGGGAGCUAUGGUAGCAAUCGUCGGCGCCGUAGCCGUGCUCGCCUACUGCGUCUUCGCAUACUACACCUAUUUCUACAGCCGGCAGUUCACGCGGUACCCGGAGCCCAUAGCGCGGGCGCUGCGCAAGGCGCUCUAUUUCAGCAACCACGACCCGGACCCGCAGCGGGCGCUCAAGUACUACAAGCAGGCAUUAGAGCUGUGCGACCAGCUGGGGCUGGACCACUUCUCGGACGACGUCAUGGGCAUCAAGAUUCAGGUGGCCACGUGGCUCGAGAAGAUUGAGAGCUACCAGAACGCCAUCAGCGUACUCGAGAACCUGCUGGGCGACUGCAAACGCUGGGUCGACGCCAUGGAGAAAAGCGCGGCCGAGGGGACCCUGCCCAAGCCCGAGGCCCCUGCGCCACCCAAGGAGGGAGAGUCCGAUGCGGCGGUCCCGGGGCAGCCGCGCGAGACCUUCUGGGCGAAGCGCACGAGGCUGCUGGCCAAGGCGGUCAGUAUCAGCGUCAAGCUGGCCAACCUCUACUCGGACGAGCAUGUUCUGGAGCGCGAGUCGGCCCACGAGCGGCUUGUCUGGGCGGUUGAGACGACACUGAGGGAGACGCAGAGGCGCGCCAAAGAGGGUCUCAAGGAGGGGGAAGGGCCCUGGAUGAGCCCCGAGGAGAUUGGCGGUAGCCUGGAGGCUGAGUAUGUCCGCGCAGAUCUUGACCAUUCGUGUCCCAGGCUAACGCCGCCAGUGAACAACAUCGCGACCAGCUUCGCCGAGCACCCGCUCAUACCACCCGGCGACGCGCCGGUGCACUCCAUGAUGGAGGAGUCCAAGUCGUGGUCCUCGCCAGCCGAGCAGCGCGCGUCGUAUCUCGCCGCCGCCCAGCGCUGGGCGCAGAAUGCCAUCAGCCACGCCUCGGAGCCGCAGGGCGACAAGCGGACGCCCGAGUGCGAUCAGGCUUGCGCCGUGUCGCUCUCCAACCUGGGCUCGGUGCUGGCGAUGCUGGGCAGGACGGCCGAGGCGCGCGAAAAGUUUGAGAAGUCGAUUGCGUUGAGCAAGAAGUUUGGCCUUGAGGAAUACGCUGCCGAGGCAAAUGCCCGGCUCCAGAGCCUGCCGAAGACAUGACGUCGUCUCGGUCGAUUUCGUAUUCUGUCGUUGUCGUCGUUAUCGUCGUCGCCGAUACCCGCGCACUGUUUUCGGUGCCGGCAAUCGCGCUGUCUCCGGUGACGAACAGAGCGACCUACUGUGCUUCGUGCCUUGGAACCAAACGCCAAACUUCGCUGCGCCGACAUGUGUCUUACUGUACCUCGCGGAGUCGCCGAACGGCGCGUGGGUUGGCGCACAAUUUACCCUUCCCAGUCUCACUCAUUCAUAACCUUACCCCCUGUUACGAGGGUACCAGAACGCGAUUGGCUUCUGCGCACCAUCUCGGGACCAAAAAAGGGUAAACAAAGAGGGCAUGCGAAAGCGAGAGUAGUACCCGACAAAUGCUGGGUCGAGGCACAGCCCCAAAUCCCGGCAGUCCGUUUAAGUCCUACUUCUCGUACAGGUGUAGAAGGGGG